AUGGAAUACGGUAUGCUCACAAACAAAUUGAAAUGGAGUGCUUAUACAGACAUUUCGAUAGUGAAAGACUUUAAAACCACAACAUUUACAGUUUCCGAUGACAAUGGCGAAGAAAGAGACGAAGGCGACAAAGUAAAUGAAGCCGAGGAAGUUUCUAAUUGUUGCUAUGAGAAUCCUAUUUUCGUUCCCAAGGAAGUUCUAAAGAUAAGUGAUAGGGACCAACUAAUGAACGUUGGGGGGAACUUGGAGGAUUAUAAGUUUUGCGACAAGUUCGGCGUCGACGAUGAUGAGUCUGUUGUGUAUCUAUCCACUAGUAAGGCGGCAAAAUUGCAGAGGGCAUUUAAGAAUGCGGGUUAUAAAAAGUUGGGGGAAGGGGUGGAGCUGACAUUGGGCGAGCUACGUGCGAUGGCGCUCCGGCAGCAGCAGCAGAUAGACACACAACACCAGCUGCUCUGCGCCAAGGAGCAGCGGCUACGGUACCUGAAGCAACAAGAGGCGCGACAACACCAGGUGGCAGUUGAGGGUGAACGGCUACGGCGGCUACGCGAACGCGUAGAGGCGCAGGAGUUGAAGCUGCGCCGGCUACGAGCGCUACGAGGGCAGUUAGAUCGGAACAAGCAGGCGAAUAUAGCACUUACGAGUGACCUUGAGUCGAUCCGAGCGCUUUUCAAUGAGAAAGAAAAGGAGUUAUCUGUGGCGGUGGCGAAGGUCGAGGAGCUGACGAGGCAGCUGGAGGAGUUAAGGAGGGGAAGGGUACAACCAGCGCCGCCGUCUGCUCACGAGCUAGACAAACUGAGGAGAGAGCUUAUGUACCGCAACAAACUGAACGAACAGCAGAACGGCAGGCUCUCAGCCCAGCGUGCAGCAUUGGGUGCACGGCAGGAAGAGAUGCGCAGUAUAGACCGGCGCGUCUCCGAACUGCAAGCACGACUGCUCAGGAAGAGAGCGCUCAACCGACAACUAGCGGCCGCACACAGACACCCACAACAACAGAGAAAUACCAACCCAACACCGAUGCAGCAAUUGCCGUACUCCAGCGCGAGUAGUCAACCAAAGAACCAGCCAGCCAGUAGGGGCAAUGUGGCAGCCAUAGAGCCUUAUAACCACGUGCCUCACGCGCCUAGCGUCAACCAUAACAACAACUUCCAAGCCAUGAAGCAAAAUGUAAUACAAAAUAACGUGCCAUUAAAACAGCUCACGCAGAGCGACAAUAUACCGAGUCAUAUAACGCAUCAAGAAACUCUCUAUCUCCAGCAGAAACAGAUGAUGAAUCCUCUUUAUAAUGGAAGCUACCCCCAUAUGCCUCCUGCAGACAGUCAAUACCAAGGCCAAUAUCCAAAUAAACAAGAUAAUCAUAUAAACGCCUACAACCACGUCCAACAAGGUAUAACUAACGCAUACGAUCAAAAAACAAUGUUUGAUCAUAUGAACAAGUACCAAGACUACUCAAAACAACCCCAAUAUAGUCCAAAUAGUACAAACAGCUCUAAUAGCAACCAUACAGGCAAAGAACUUAAAAUUAAUGAACAAGAGUUCUUACCAGAGUUUGCUGCGAGUAAAUCAGAUCCCAAAUAUCAAACCUUGCCAUAUAACACAAAAUUUCCUCAAAGCACAAAUGGUAAAACGAAAUCAGAAGUCAACGUCAAAAGCAACGAAGUACAAGAUAAGAAUCAAAAUGCAACGAACAUUAAUGUGAAUCAUAUGACUGUACAUUCAACGCCUCUGACGGUUGUGAACAAAAGUCUUGCGACCCCUUUGAGUCAAACAGAAGGAACAUAUCAACAGGAACAUACAUAUCAGUUACAAAAAUCUGAUUCAUCGAGUAGAUGUAACCAAGAGGGUAAAGAAAAUCAAGCAUAUCCACAAAAUUCUAGAUUAAGUCAAAAUAGUCAAAAUAAUAAUGACAGCUCAAAGAGCGCCGUCGGGAAGAGUCAACAGGGUAAUUUAAAAGGUAGCACACCAAGUUUGGGAUCAACUACUACAACUUCAAACAGUUCAAUCGGAUUUGGGAAACCCGUAUCGAGUGUUGCACCAACAUCGAUUCAGGUCUCGAGCGCGAAACCGUCACCCAUAUACCAGACAUCAUCCACAAAGAUUCAACCGGUCCAGCCACAGACCGUUCAGACACAAAGCAUCACUGUAUCAUCAUCGAAUCAUGUAGUUAGUAACGUGGUUACUUCCCAACCCCAGAUCAUUAGGAACACUGCCUCGGGCUUAUCUUCGAGUACAGGAAGUACCUUCAAUGGUCAGAACGCGUCUCAACAAAGUAUCCUGUUGUCUCCCCCACAAAGUGCCAGCACGCCGUUGUCUACGCCUGACGUCAGCACUGACAAAUCACCUAAACCAGCUUUACCUCCGAAACCUACAAUCAAGACACCGCCAAGACAAACAGUAAACAACGAGACAAAUUUUAACCAAAACACGGACGCGACAGCUCAACCCACCAUACCUUUAAGUGAUACAUCAAAUGACAGUGAACAGCAGUCAAAUCCGAAGGAAUCCAGUAACAAUAGCAGCGAAAUGAUAAUCAAAGCUCGUCCCCUUACAAUAAGAAAACCGCCUAUGAGUGAACAACCGAAACUCAGGAAUUUGAAUUCUGGGAAGAACGGUAUAAGCGUCAGCAUUAACCGCCGUAUAGAAAUGCCGCCAGCUUUCCUAUUCCCUGAAAUGGACCAUCUGUCGGACGCGAAUGAAACGAACGGUGUGAAGGCAAAACAGAAAGACGAAGUAGACAAGGCCCUUAACAACAACAUAUCUUUGAAUUCUAGCGAAAAGCAAGAGGACAGUAAAGACAAUGUUGCGGACAUAGCCGAACAGAUAAGCUCGGUGGACUUGAACGGUCAGGAUUCUCAGGGCUCUGAGAAUGUUCUGAGGCGAUCAAAGAAGGGCAAUCUGAAGCAGGGAGGGAAGGCCCCCCUAACGAGGCGAGUCAGCUUCGAUCCCCUGGCGUUGUUACUCGACGCUAGUCUAGAGGGAGAGUUGGAGCUUGUCAAAAAGACCGCGACACAGGUUCAGAAUGCGAGUGCUGCAAACGACGAGGGCAUCACGGCUCUUCACAACGCCAUCUGCGCUGGUCAUUUCGAAAUCGUUAAGUUCCUGGUGGAGCUCGGGUGCGACGUGAACGCGCAGGACUCGGACGGCUGGACGCCGCUGCACUGCGCCGCGUCCUGCAACAACCUGCCCAUGGUGCGAUUCCUCGUCGAUAAUGGUGCGUGUAUAUUUGCUACGACAUUGUCUGACCACGAGACCGCAGCAGAAAAGUGCGAAGAGGACGAGGAAGGCUUCGACGGAUGUUCUGAAUAUCUUUACAGCGUGCAGGAGAAGCUGGGCAUAACGAACGGCGGCGCGGUGUACGCGGUGUUCUCGUACACGGCGGCGCGCGCGGACGAGCUGUCGUUCGCGUGCGGCGCGCGCCUGCUGGUGCUGCGCAAGCAGGACGACGCCGAGCGCGAGUGGUGGUGGUGCCGCGCGCCCCCGCCCCAGCGGCGGGAGGGCUACGUGCCGCGCAACCUGCUCGGGUUAUAUCCAAGAGUAACUCCGCAGCAGGAAUAG